AUGUCCGGAAGAAUACUGUAUGAGACAUUCCUUAUCGCUUCCGGGGCCUCCAAAGUUCUGAAAGGGUCAGCCGAGUUGAUUUACCAGAGAACGUUUCCCUCCUGGCAUCUAGACAGCAAGCUAUGGGAGGAAGCGAAACAGAAAGCUAACGAAGCCAGAUCCAAAGCUGAAAAAUCUGUCGGAAUCCCUCCGCUAGAUUCAAAAGAAGUGGAAACAGAUAUUUUCGAAAUUGCUAGGCAAAAGGCAAAUAGCGUGCGAUCCACUGCAGAGGUUGAAAACUCCUUGGGCGAAGAGCAUAGACCCAAACCUCCUUCAAACACGAAAGGACCUUCUAAUAAAAGAGCCUUCCACACAACUAGGUUGACCUUAAACGAGAACCAGGAUAUUAAGACAAAAAAGGAGAAAAUUCUACAAGAACUGGCCCAACCGGAGUUUCAAAUGGACCAAUCUUCGGUACCAAGUACAAGGUUAAGCAGACUCUUCCAUUAUGGCUCUUUGGCUGCCGGGGUUGGUGUUGGAAUGGCAAAAGAAACCUUCAAAAGCUACUCAAGCGGUAAAUCGCCUGAAUUGAAAAGUCUGAUCAUGUCGCCGGAAAAUAUUGAGAGAAUUGCAAAGAAGUUCUCCAAGAUGAGAGGAGCAGCUUUGAAAGUAGGUCAGAUGCUGUCCUUCCAAGAUUCCUCUGUUCUGCCCCGGGAUAUCCAAGUCAUCCUUCAACGAGUUCAAAAUAGCGCUCAUUACAUGCCUCAAUCCCAGCUUCAUAAGGUCAUGACGGCAGAACUAGGCUCUGAUUGGAGAACCAAGUACUUUACCUCGUUCACUGAUGUUCCCAUUGCUGCUGCCUCAAUCGGGCAAGUGCAUGCUGCUGUCACCAAAGAUUUGGACCCUGUUGUCGUUAAGAUCCAGUAUCCGGGAGUUGUCGAUAGUAUUGAUUCCGAUCUGAACAAUUUACUCCUACUGAUGACUGCGUCCAGAUUACUUCCUGCGGGUUUAUUCUUGGAUAAAACCAUUGCGAAUGCAAGAAUGGAAUUGAAAUGGGAGUGUGAUUACAUUAGAGAAGCUCAGAGCCUGGACAGGUUCAGGGAGCUGCUGCAUGACGAUCCUGUUUUCGAAGUGCCAGAAGUUCUACAUGAACUGAGUAGUGAGCACAUUUUAACCAUGCAACAUAUGAAGGGUACUGAAAUUGUGAAGGGCAAAUGGGACCAAGAAACAAACAAUUGGAUUGCUACCAACAUUAUGAGGCUGUGUUUGACUGAAAUAUUUAGGUUCAGGUUCAUGCAGACUGAUCCAAACUGGGCCAAUUUCCUUUACAACCCCGAAACUAAGAAGAUUGAGUUGCUAGACUUUGGAGCUUCCAGAGAGUUUGGAGAAGAGUUUGUGACCAACUACGCCAACUGUUUGAGAGCCUCUGUGCGAAAGGAUCGAGACAGAGUUGAAAAGUACUCGUUGAAGCUUGGCUAUCUGACAGGAAUGGAGAAAGACUCCAUGAAGCAAGCUCAUAUUGACUCAGUUCUUGUUCUUGGGGAACCAUUUUCUCCAGCAGAUAAUGCUGGCAGCUCCUACGAUUUCAGUAGCCAAGAUGUCACUGACAGAGUCCGAAAGAACAUUGGUACCAUGUUGGAGGAGAGACUUACCCCACCACCAGAAGAGACUUACAGCUUACACAGAAAGUUGAGUGGAGCCUACCUCCUAUGCUCCAAGCUACAGGCUACCGUGCCCUGUGAGCAGAUAUUCGAAGAGGUAGUGGGAUUAGAGUACGAGGAGUAA